AUGCCCACAAAUAUGGUGAGGAAGCGCAGCCGGGCGUGGCAGAAUUCACCCAAUGAGAAGCGCAAAAGGGGAACUUGCAUCAAAAGUGGACUGGGAGAACUGGGCGAUUUGGACGCUGUUGCGCCUACAGGCACCUCUGGAAGGAUCCGUGCCGACGUUUCAAACACGAAGGCGGUGGGUGCUGCGUCGGCGGAAGGGGAGUUUGCCUUUUCUACUGCACCCUUUUUCUCCCUUUCCCGCUCAGCGCCGAGUGUGUUUGGACACGGGUGGGAUGAGUGGAAGCGUGUGAAACGAAUGCUAUUUGAUCCUCAGGACGGGACAGGCCUGACAGAAGCUAGGCGCGAGGCAUUGAACCGCAUCCAACUUGUGUGGAAGGCACGUGAGCGUAAAAACCGGCAGCUUCCGGCGUAUGCGGAGGCCACAGCACUUCUGAUGGAGGCUUUUUCACUUGACGAAGGAGAUCAGCUUUCGUCUUUGGGUGCCGUUUCUUUUUAUGGUGCGGCGAUAUCACGUGCGGUGCAUCUCAUGACAGGCAGUUUUGCUCGUGGGUCGGCGGACACUUACAGGAAGCGGGCUCGACUGAUUGGGUUUCCCGAGGAGGCGGUGGAGGUGCGGCAACGUGUGGCGCACGGUGCCCUGCCACUUCUGUCUGAGCUUCGCUGGGUGUGUGGGCUUGUGCUGCAGUUUUUGUUUCACCACUACUGGGUGGAGCAGGAGCGUCAUGUGCACCUCAUGGAGGAAGAAACAGAGGGUGAGGAGGACAACGCGACGUCUGGACAUGGGGUUCAACAGAGUGCUCCAAGUACCACAGUCGAGGAGAUGCGGCAACUACUUGAGGAUCUUAGCGACGUUGGUGAAGAUGUCACCGAUUACUCUAAUGACCGUGUUGAAUUCCUGCAGGAUGGCUGGCAAUUGUGCUGA